AUGAACAAGGAGACAGAUAUCAAACAAGCCGACUUAUCCUCGGAUCACGAUGUACAGAUGGGCAACUUCGUAGUUGACCCCAUCCGAGAGAAAAAGCUACUAUGGAAGCUUGAUCUCUGCAUUUGUCCUUUGGUGAUGCUCAUUUUCUUGGUUGCAUAUCUUGAUCGAAGUAACUUGGGAAAUGCAGCUGUUGCCGGAAUGCCGGAAGAUAUUGGUUUAGUCGGAAAUGAACUAGGAAAUGCCGUGUCUUUGUUUUACGCAACCUACGUCUUCUUUGAGAUCCCGUUCUCUAUGCUCCUCAAGAAAUUACGCCCAAACAGACUCAUUUCUGCAUUGAUUCUUGGUUUCAGUGCAUCCAUAUUGGGUGCUGGAUUUAUCAAGAAUGUUGCCGGGCUUUAUACCACCAGACUAUUUCUCGGUGUCUUUGAGAGUGGCCUAUUUCCGUGCUUGACUGUUCUCUUGACCACCUUUUACAAGCGCGAAGAGCAAGCACAGAGAAUUUCCUAUCUGUUCGUGUCUGCUGCUCUGAGUGGAGGCUUUGGUGGAUUACUCGCCUUUGGACUGAUUCGCCUGGAUGGUGUGGGCGGUCUUGAAGGUUGGAGAUGGCUUUUCAUUGUGGAGGGCAUCAUGAGCGCGGUCAUUGGCAUUGCCACGUUCUUCCUCCUUCCAAACGACUUCGAAACUGCCUACUUCUUAAAUGAAGAAGAUAAAGAGCUGAUGCGCUUGCGCAUGCAACAGUCAGCACGGUACGCUGAUAAUGAAGAGUUUGAUGUCAAGGAAGUGUGGAAAACACUGAGAGACCCCAAGAGUUGGCUCACCUCGUUCAACCAAAUUUGUGUCAACACUUGUUCCUUCGGGUUUAGUACCUUCCUACCUACUAUUAUCCGAGGGUUUGGGUUUGAUUCGGUCAAGACCCAACUGCUCACUGUUCCUGUGUAUAUCUGGGCCUCCGCGUUUUACCUGGUCGUUGCCAAUCUCUCUGACCGAGUGCGCAUGCGAGCUGUUUUCAUGGUCCCCCUGUGUCUGGUGACAGCUAUUGGCUAUGCCAUGCUGCUAGGAGUGGAUGUCCAUGCGCGAGGUGCAUUAUAUUUUGCGACAUACGUGUGUGUUACUGGAAUCUAUGCUGUGGUUGGACUUGGGGUCAGUUGGAACGCCAACAGUCAUUCUGGCUAUUACAAGCGUGCCAUGGGAGUCGGCCUCCAGCAGACUAUCGGAAAUUGCGCCGGUUUGAUUGCUGGUCAAAUCUACAAGUCACCCAUAAAUGGACGAUAUGUGGUCGGUCAUUCUGUUUCCCUUGCUGCUAUCUGUCUCGCAUUAUUUGGUAAUGCUGCCAUGUGGGCUUUGCUCCGAUAUCACAAUACGAAGCGAGACCAACUGUCACCGGAGGAGAGGGAGCGCAUUGUCAGCUCGGGAUCAUACGAAAAGAAAGGCGGGGAUUUCCAUCCAGACUUCCGAUAUAUCCUGUGA